GUGAAGUUGGCCUGUCAAGGACUGCCUGUUUCUGAAUUAGCAAGUAGCUCCUGUCCGAACUGCUUAUUUGAUUUUCUUAAGACUGGAGGCACGUUGUGGGAUCUCAAAAUCUUAUCUUGAGAGCCAUGGAAAAAAAAGACAAACAAGAUGUCCCUGGCUGGCCUUCCGACUUGGAAGGUAACACUGGGAACAAGACUGGAGACCCAUUGGGAAUGGAACCUGGCCUCAAAGAACCUGCAAAUCACCCAGGCAGAGGCCAGAGUUGUGGCACCAGGACCCAAGUCAGGGAAGUGGAACAAAAGAUAAAAGUGGAUGUCCCUUGCUGGCCCUCCAACCCGGAUUGUAACACUGCGAACAAGACUGGAGCCCCGCUGGGACUGGAACCUGGCCUCAUAGAACCUGCAAAUCACCCUGGCAGAGGCCGCAGGUGUGGCACCAGGACCCAAGCCAGGGCCAUGGAACAGAAGGACAAAGUGGAUGUCCCUUGCUGGCCGUCCAAAUCGGAUUGUAACACGGGGAACAAGACUGCAGGCCCACUGGGAAUCGAGCCUGGCCUUAUAGAAUCUGCAAUUGUCCCUGUCAAAGGCCUCGUAGAACCUGAUAAUCACCCUGGCAGAGACCACAGUUGUGACACCAGGACCGAAGCCAGGCCCAUGGAACAAAGAGCCAAAGUGGAUGUCUCUUGCUGGUCCUUCAACACUGGGAACGAGACUGGAGCCCCACUGGGAAUCGAACCGGGCCUCAAAGUGUAUGCACAUCACCCUGGCAGAGGCCACAGUUGUGGCACCGGGGCCCAAGUCAGGAACAAGAGUGGGGCCCCACUGGGAAUCGAACCUGGCCUCAGAGUAUUUGCCAGUCACCCUGCCAGAGGCCACAGCUAUGGCAUCAGGACCCAAGCCAGGGCCACGGAGCAAAAAGACAAAGUGGAUGUCCCCUGCUGGCCCGCCAACUUGGAAUGUCCCACCGGGAACAAGACUGGAGCCCCACCGGGAAUCGAACCUGGCCUCAGAGUACUUGCAAAUCAGCCUGGCAGAGGCCACAGUUGUGUCACCAUGACCCAAGCCAGAGCUACGGAACAAAAAUACAAAGUGGAUGUUUCCUGGUGGCCCUCCAACUUGGGAUGCCACACCGGGAACAAGACUGGAGCCACACUGGGAAUCAAGCCUGGCCUCAGAGAACCUGCAAAUCACCCUGGCAGAGGCCACAGUUGUGGCACCAGGACUCAAGCCAGGGCCACGGAGCAAAAAGACAAAGUGGAUGUCCCCUGCUGGCCCUCCAACUUGGAAUGUCCCACCGGGAACAAGACUGGAGCCCCACCGGGAAUUGAACCUGGCCUCAGAGUACUUGCAAAUCAGCCUGGCAGAGGUCACAGUUGUGUCACCAUGACCCAAGCCAGAGCUACGGAACAAAAAUACAAAGUGGAUGUUUCCUGGUGGCCCUCCAACUUGGGAUGCCACACCGGGAACAAGACUGGAGCCACACUGGGAAUCAAGCCUGGCCUCAGAGAACCUGCAAAUCACCCUGGCAGAGGCCACAGUUGUGGCACCAGGACUCAAGCCAGGGCCACGGAGCAAAAAGACAAAGUGGAUGUCCCCUGCUGGCCCUCCAACUUGGAAUGUCACACCGGGAACAAGACUGGAGCCCCACCGGGAAUCGAACCUGGCCUCAGAGUACUUGCAAAUCAGCCUGGCAGAGGUCACAGUUGUGGCACCAGGACCCAAGCCAGAGCCGUGGAACAAAAAUACAAAGUGAAUGUUUCCUGGUGGCCCUCCAACGUGGCAUGUAACACCGGGAGCAAGACCGGAGCCCCGCUGGGAACUGAACCUGGCCUCAUAGAACCUGCAAAUCACCCUGCCAGGGGCCACAGUUGUGGCACCAGGACCCAAGCCAGAGCCAUGGAACAAAAAUGCAAAGUGGAUGUUUCCUGGUGGCCCUCCAACUUGGAAUCUAACAUGGGGAGCAAGACUGGAGCCCCACCGGGAAUGGAACCUGGCCUCAGAGAACCUGCCAGUCACCCUGCCAGAGGCCACAGCUGUGGCACCUGGACCCAAAGCAGAGCCGUGGAACAAAAAGACAAAGUGGAUGUCCCCUGCUGUACCUCCAACUUGGAAUCUAACAUGGGGAACAAGACUGGAGCCCCAUCGGGAAUCGAACCUGGCAAUCACCAUGUCAGAGGCCACAGUUGCGGCACCAGGACCCAAGCCUGGGAACACAGCCAGGCCCUGCCUGCUCUUGGUUCUGAGAAGAGGCUGCAUGGUGUACUGCAAAAGAGAAGACAGAUUCGACUACCAAGAGCGACUAGGGCUGUCGCCCAUAAACCCCUCAGGCAGGACAAGAAGUCCUCUGCCAAAGCCAGAGGUCACACUCAGAAGGAGAACACGUCGUGCCAGCCUGACGCCCUGACCGUCACAGGUCCCCAGGAGGGGAGCUCCCAAGGGCCUCCUGUCUUCUGCUGGCCCCCACCACUUCCGCCUCCACCCUACAUGACAAUGACCUUGGGACAGCACUUGAUUGCCUCUCCUUCCGUGGAGCCCCAUGAGGCUUUUGCCCUGUCCAGCCCAUGCUCGGAUACGACCCCCCUGCCAUGUUCCUCCGUGGAGCGUCAUCCACCGGAGCCACAGGGCCCCAUUGCCUCUGACCAGGCCUCGGUUUCUGCCACCUCAGAGUGUCAGGAGACACUGGAGGCUGCCGAGGCCCUCAUGACUCUGAAGAACUCUUCUUGGACCUGGCGCCAGACCCACAGCUAACCAGGUCUUGCUUGGGUCGAAGCAGUGAAGCCUCCCAGACCUUCCUUGUGAUUCAGAUCCACUGGCUAGCUCCGACUCACUUCCUACUGAGCAUCUGGAGUGCACCUCCCUCUUGAACCCAGGGGAGGGGGUGCAGGCUUGUUCAAGCCCUGAGUAGUUGAUAUUCUGUGUGGUUCAUGUCUGAAAUGCUUAAAUGUGCUUUAUAAGCCUUCAGGCGUUUCAUAAGCUUUCAGCCUCUUUUCGUAAUGUAGGUCAGUUCCUUGGCUUACAUAGUAUGUUUUUGUACCAGCAUCCCUUGUUCUUUCGGGAGCUGGAACCUUUUCAUAUAUGUCCUGUAAGUGAUAUGAUAAUAUGACCAGUCUGUUGGUGGGGUUCUGCAUGGGUUGGUAUGCAGUGUUUGCAUUUGUUUUGCGGUUGCUUAUGUGCCUGGGCAGUUCCUGUACUAAAUAACUUGCACGUGGACACACAAGUGUCAGUUUGUGUCUAGGCCUGUGUAUGUGAACAAAUAAUAAAGCAUUGGCGAGAGGUA